AUGGAUUUGUACGAAGACAAUAUCUUCAACGAUCAGUCGUUACAAUUUAGUCCUUUGCGAUUAUCACCAUCACCAGAACCAUUUACUUCGAUCAUGGACAUAUUGCAAGAUCCUGUAGUGGAAGAAACUGAUAAUGUGGGGGAAGAGAUUGUUGGUUUAAUCAACAAUUCUGCUAUAAAUGAGGCUAACCUCUUAAUGAGUGAAAAAUCCCCAGAUCUAAUCUCACUUCCGGAGACAUUAACACUAGUGCAACAUCCUCUUGAAGUUGACCAACCGUUAUUGUGCAGUUCACAUGGGUAUAUGCAAGAAAACUUGCCAAACAUCCAAUCAGAUCUACCAUUUUUGUUUGAUCAAAAAAUGUUGGAUGCUUUUCAAGAGCCAGAUGUAUUUGCAAUGAAAGAUCAGCAAUUCUUAUACAAUCCACAUGGGACAUUACGAGGAAACACAAAUGGUCAUCAGCAAUAUUUGAUCAACAAGAACACGAUGAAUCAUUUUCAGGAACCAAAUGAUUCUGCAAUGCAAGAUCACAAUUUUGGAUGCAAUCCACAUGGGUUUUUACAAGAAAACGCAAACGUAGAAUUGGAUCAGCAAUCUUUGUUCAACCAAAAUACGAUGAAUCCUUUUCAGGGACUAAAUGAUUCUACCAUGAUAGGAAUUGGUCAACAAAUCGAGGAAGAAAACAGUGAAUAUGCACAUCCUUUAAUGACUCAAUCUUUCGAAUUACCAAAUCAUCUCCAAGAGCAGUUUUCAUUAUCUUUAUCACAUAGUUACCCAUCAAAUUCAAGGUACCAGAACGGCCUAGUUGAUUCAUAUUCCAGCAUAUACAACCAGCAACCGCAUCCAUUAGUUCAAGCUAAUAGGGAAAACGAAGCUCUAGUCCCAAGGAUGGUUACAGAGGUGGCUAGGACAUGCCCUCUACAGAAUCAGACUUCUGUGAUCCCUCCUCUAUCUGAAAUACCAACGAGCUCCACAAGGACAUGCCCUCUACAUAAUCAGAUAUCUGUGACCCCUCCUCUACCUCAAAUACCGUCGAGCUCUACAAGGUAUCAUCAAGUCCAACUACCUCAAAUACCGUCGAGCUCUACAAGGACUGAAAAAAACGUGCAAGAGCUAAAGAAUAAGCCUUCGCCGGGUCUUGAAUACCCUACCCUCAAAGAUUAUGCACAUCUAUUUCCAAGCACGAAAGCAUUUGCUCCCAUAGAGUUCAAUGUUUUGUGGCGUCAACAAGAAAAUAGCCCAAGUCCGUUUGAGCGUCAACACACAAAUGGCCAAAGUCGAUUAUUUGAGCGUAACGUUUUUGGGCGUCGACAAAGAAAUGAUCGAAGUGGGUUUAAUCAUGUGGAAUCAUCAUCUGCUGCUCAACGAAGGAGGACCGUCUCGCCAAAAAGAAGUGAUGAUUUACCAGCAGUCGACCACGGUGAAAAAAGGCUCCAAAACAAAUUAUAUGAUCCAUUGUAUGAAAGCCUUGGAUUAAAAAUUGAUCCUCACUUGAGAGUUUUUUUCCCACCCAAGAAAAAUGAGAAGCAAAAGAAAGCCAGCAACGGCAACAGGAUAAGAGACCACCGUCCACUGGCAAAAGAGAUCAGAGAUUGA